CGCAGGGGCGGCAGCGUCGCGACGCUCCACUUCGAAUCCGUGUGUAGUCUUGUGCAGUUGUCCGUGAUCCUGCAGGAUUCGUACGUUCUAGGCGCGUGCUUUACAACAGCUGUGACACUUAGGGUUGCAACAUGGCUGUGAUUGUAAUUCUGGCUCUGUUUUUAACGGUAGCAUCCCGACAAAGUUUCGUAGACACGGCUCCUUUGAACGAAGGAACGCCAGGAGAUUCCACUUCAACACAGGAUUCAAGCGUCAGAGAACUUGAAAGUCUUAAACAUUCAAUAGGCAAAACUUUGGAAAUGAUAAAAACCCAGUCUUCGGUAUACACGAAUAAUAAUGGACAAAAACAAGCGCAUGCUGAGAGAAAAGAGCAAGUAAAUGAAAAUGGGAAGUUGGUAUCGAAAAUUGAUCAACAUAUCGAUAUUGAAGGAAAGGAGUCGGCAAGACCUCAAGGUAAAAUACAAACUGAGAUUGAUGUGCCGGCGAAAGGAAUUCACAAAAGUGUCGUCCAACAACUACCAGAAUAUCAAACGUUGACAGAAAAUGGAAACAGACGGUCUGAGGGCCUUUCAGAGACUGGAAAUGGCAUAGACAAGUUUAACGCCUUUUCAGGAAUACAGUAUUCUCCUCUAGAUAUGGCCGAGUAUGUGUUUUGGACAGGUGAUGAAAAAGGAGUAACUCUCGCCAUCGAAGAAUUCUUACAAGAGGGUCUGAUGACUCGAGAAGAAGCAAUUUCCUUCCUGCAAGAAAUCAAAUAUAACUUGGACUAUCUCAAGAACCAUUACACCCAACUUGGCUUAAAUGCCAAGGAACGCUCUAGAACUCAGGACACGCAAUUAAAAUAUUCCGGUUAUGCUCAAAACGACAAACCGGAAUUAAAAAGCUCGUUUGACUUGAACCAACUGAGACAGGAAGCUACGAAAAAGAGAGAACCGGAAGUACCACACUCGAUUCCCAUGAUGAAAUCAAACGAAGGUGAGAAGAGUCAAGAUGAAGACUACGACGAGCUCCUCGAACGUCUCCGAGUCGCCGACUUCUUAUACACCGAGUAUUCAUUAGAAGAGGUCAUCUAUCAGCUUGCUAAAGUCAUGUUUACACAGUCUCUCACACGAGGAAGUGCCGAAGCUCAACAGGCACUUCAGAAAUUCACCAACUUUCUUGAAAUUGAGGCCGAGCAAGGACACAUUUCGAGGACCCUCGAAAAGAAAGUUUUAGACGUGCUGAUUGCUUCUUUGUCAGACACACUCACGGAACAUCCGGAACUUCUCUCAGCGACUAGAGAAAGUUUGGGGGCGACUUCUACUAAUGCAGAUGGACAGCACUUCCUGAGACAAAUCCUUGAAAUUAGUCCGGACGAUAAGGCUGCAGUUAGAGCUUACAAAGGACAAACGGAACGAAAUAUUCCGGUGCAGAAAAUUACCAACCAUGUUCCCCUGGGGCUCGGCAAAUACAAAAAUCCAUAAAUAUAUCUAUGAUAAAUAUAUUUAAUAAAGUGUACCUAUAUAUGUUUCAUUGUAAACCAUUUUUGUCUAUGUUAUAUGGCUCAAACAAUAUACAAUCAAAUUUUGUGUAGUACCUACGUAAUUCUUGCUCAGAAUCAAACGAGUACAGGGUUGGUAAAAAUAUUUUACUUUACUAAAUUUACGCCAUAUUGCAUAAACAAAAACUAAUUCAAUUCAAAUAUUUUAAUAAGCUCAUACCAGUACAGUACAACCAGUGGAAUUUAAUAUCGUUGCGUCACUGCAUUUUUAAUUAUUUUUAUCAUAGUUCCUACUGACGUACCUUUAAAUAAUAAUAACUUAAUUUAUAUAAAAAAAAAUAAUUAUUUUAUCAAAUUUUUAAAUUACAGUAAAUUCGACGAGAUAAUUUUUUCGCUAAUUUUGUUCCUGCUCACUUCAAGGUUAUGCAAUCAACAAUACCCAUCGUGGUUUCUUGAGCAUAAACGUAAGUUCAGUUUUCUCUUACAAUCGUCUUCUACGAAAGAAAGAAAAGUCUGGGAUAUAGUGACUAUAAACUAAGUAGGUAAAAGGGAAUGAAAGCCGAGUAUGUAAAAAUCAUAAUCAAAUUUUUGUUCUGAAAAAAAAACCUGGACCAAACAAACACUGUAACAACUUUGUUUUCUUUUGGUAAUUUUGUCACAUUAGAAUGAAAGAUUGGUAGUUUGAAAGGAUGGAUGUAGUGGCUGGCUACAUAUUGUUAGAUUGUACAUAGAAUUUAAUGUAAGAACAAAAAUAAAGAAUAUAUA